UCUCUCUCUCUCUCUCUGCUGCUGCUCCCCGACUCCCCCUGCUGGCCGCGCUGUUGCCUUGUUGGCGUUGGAUACUCCGCCUGCUUACUGCAGAGCCACCGCGUUCCUCGGGGAGCUUGUUGUAGUCGUCCAGGAAGGACUCCAAAUCUUUCUCCACCUGUGAAGGGAGACAGCAGAUCUGCAGCCCUGCAUUCUAAAGAGGAAAACGUGUACUUCACCAUGAACUCAGACAUGGAUGGUGAUGCAGAAAACCAAGUGGAGAUGGAGGAGAAAACACGACUCAUCAACCAAGUACUGGAACUCCAACAUACCUUGGAAGAUUUGUCUGCACGAGUAGAUGCAGUAAAAGAAGAAAACCUGAAGCUCAAGUCGGAAAAUCAAGUACUUGGCCAAUAUAUCGAAAACCUCAUGUCUGCCUCCAGUGUCUUCCAGACGACCGACACAAAAAGCAAGCGAAAGUGAAUGCCUCUUAAUGUAAUCCCCCACAUUAAAGGGCCAUGUUUACAUUUUUCUGCCAUUAAAAUGCACAUCAUUAUUUAUUUAGUGUUUCCUUUAAAGGUGUUUUAUCUUUGCCCCUUUCACAUCCCAUUCUUGUAAGCAAAAUCGCAUUGUGUUUAUUGGCUUACAAAUCCUUUUACCUGUUUAAUGUUUUCCAAGUGUCCUGAUGAUUUAAGUUCUUUUCCUUUUUGGUUUAAAGGUGUCUCCUCUCAUCAGUUCCAUUUCACUGUCCCAGAAUUGGCUCAGGGCCCAUAGUUUUCACCAACUAUGGCUUGUAGGAAAGAGCCAGCCAGGGAAAUAAAAUAAAAUAAAAAAUAAGGACUGGCUGCAUCCAUACACCUCCGCCUAUAAUCGGCCUGCUGUUACAGUAAGUCAGUCAAGUUUAGCAUUUCAGGUACUGCAGAUACAAGCACGACUGGGAGAUGUGGAAGGCCAAAAGUGUCCAUCUUUCAUAGCAACUGUUGUAGUAAGCUAGCAGUUCAGAUUUCCAGUAAAACUGACUUGUGCAUGAAGCUCGAUGAAUAAUCGCAAUGGCAGGCUGGCACACGCAGCACCUCUCCAAACCGGACAGAAUGACGACAGGCUGACUGAGUAAGCCCAGCAAUUCUUUAGUUCAGGCUGUGCUUGAUGUUCUCUUCCCUCUUUGCACCCCGAAUGUCUUUUGAAGGAUGGAAAGCCUUACUAGGGUAUCACAUGGCUGCCAUAUGACAACUGUAACGUGGUGCCCGGCAGAGACGCAUCUCCACAAGAAGUGCAGUGUGUUACGUACUUACCAUGAGUUACUACAGUUGCCAUCUCCUUGCACCUUAUUUGUUUCUUAUUGAAAAUUCUGUACAUUUGUACAUAUUAUAUUCACAAAUAUACUUUAACUUAUUACAGAAUUAAAUCAAAGGUUUAGGAAAGAUUUUUGUUUCAUCAGAAGCCUUAGUUCAGGACUACGCUGAAAGAAGGCAACUUGUAAUUUAAUGUCUUAGAUUCUGUUUAAAUGUUCAUUUUUUAAUUAUGACUUAAAGUAGUGAAAAGUGCUGUAAACUGUACAUAGUCUUAACAGUGAGGAAUAAUAAUCAUUUUGACAUUGUAACCUGCCGCAGGUUACUUUUAAGUACUUUUCUUAUGAUGAUGAAAGAGAAUAUUGUCUGAUCGGUCAUGAAAAUCUAUGCAGAGCAGGCUGCCAGAAUGGCUCCGUACAGGGCUGUGUGUUGGUCUACACGGCCUCCCAGGACACAACUGGGCACACGUCUGUCAGGUGCUAGCAGAUCAGACUAUCAUGUUUAGUUGUGGGGUUUGAGGAUGAGGAUGCUGGAUGUCCCCAUUUUAAAUAUUAAAAAAAUAUUUUUUUCUUUGUUAUCAAAAUCACAUUGGAUUUCAACCCUUCAUGUGGUAGCAAGGCAUUGACCAAUAAUGAAAAAGCACAGGAUUCAGCUUUACGUUCAGGUGGCGGGGUCAGAUUUUUCUCUCUUUUCUGUCUAAAAACAAGUCUGCAUUCUCAAUUUAAAUGCUAAUGUGAAAUUUCAGUAACAGACCCCUACACAUUGGAUGAUGACGUCUUGUGCGUAGGAUGUGUACUGUUUUAUGUUGCCAUCAUAUAACUUUAGAUUAAAAAUGUUUUGCAUGUGUCUGUGUGAAUUUAAUGUACAGGCUUUCAAAUGUUGCAGACAAAAUUGAACCAAGUAACCACUAAUGGAAUAAUUGUAUUUAAUUUAGAAAGUUUCAAAGGGGCAGUUCUGUUUCAUUGUGCACUUGAGAGAGGGUCUCAUUAGAGAGGUUUUACUUUUUACAUUUCACUGUAAUUACUGCAUCUUGCUGAAAUGCUAAUAUUCUUGUUAUAUUACACAAAUAAUAAAUGCGAUAAACCUAAAA